GUAAUAAAAGGAAAAAAAAAAGCCAAAAAGAUAAAAUAAAAAAAAACCCAUCUUGUCUCUUUGAUCUUUCUCACCCCGCUGGUUUCAGGCCCCAACAUUUGCUAGCUCAGUUCUCAUCUCUCUCUCUUAGCUUCACCAAGGGUUUCAUCUUUCUCUCAUCAUCAGAUAACUUGAGAAAUCAGUAUUAUCAACUACUCCAUAGUCCAUACAUAAUAUUAUGCAUCAAAGCUGUGCAGAUGGAAAGAGUUGAAGAAAUAUAAUCACGUUUACAUACUUUCUGUUUCUUUAAUAUGGAGGAUGAAAAUGGUCUCAACCUGAGCUUGGGCCUACCUUGUGGUGGCGGUUCUGCCUCACAGAAAGGUAAAACCGGGAGCUCCUCAAAUUUCAGGGCAGAAGAAGGUGAUAGAGAUAGCAAACUGAUCAAUGAUUUCAAGAAUUUUCUUGACGGUGGUACACAAAAGCAUGAUUCUGUUAUCGGGUUGCACAGAGGUGAUCUGGUGAAAAAUGAGGGGAGCUUCUUUAAUGACCUUUCCGGUACUGCUGCCAAUGUAGAUGCUGCUAAAAAGUUGAAUAGUGGAGGAUUCUGGGGUGCAAAUAGUGGUCGGUCUAUUGAAGUUGAAGAAGAAAAGACAGCAGAUGGUGGUGAUAGGCAUAAAAGCUUAUUUGGAGAGACAAGUCACAAAAGGAAGCGUGAAAGGGACACUCAUAAUUCUGACUUGCAUGACAAAACGAGGACAUCACACAUUUCGAUCAACACAGACGAUGACUCGACUGGAGACAAUGAAGAUGUGGCUGAUUCUGAGGCCGAGGGUUCAACAUCACGACAAGUUUCACAGCCUGAUGAUAGCUCCAAGCGACGUGUCGGGAGUAGUGGUCAAAUCGAGAUUAAUAAGGAAGUUCAUGGAGUUUCUGAUUCUGGAAAUGCAGAACUAUCUGGACAAAGAAGGUUUUCGAUUUCUUCAGAGAAGGAAGUUAAGUUUGGGAAUAUGUCUUACGGUGUUCCUUUCUCUCAACCAAUAAACAUCGUAAACAUGCCUUACUCUCUACCUUCGAAAGAUACUAAUCCUAGUGGUACAGUUGGUGCACCAAAUUAUCCAGUCCCCGGUAUGGUGCAAAUGAUGGCUGCCACCGGUGGUGAGCGACAAGGAACCCAGCCUCUCAUGCCUGCAAACAUGCCACUGAUGUUUGGAUAUUCUCCUGUACAACUAUCCUCACUGGACAAAGAUAAUGCUCGUGUUCCAGCCUCUCAUCUUCAGCGUCAACAAUUACACCCGUCUUAUGCCCGAGGUCCUUUGAACCCCGACAAGCACAGUGAAGGGUUGAAGAUAACUCAAGCUUCAGUGCCAGUGGUUGCGCUCAAGCCAUCUGAAUUUUCACAAUAUGACAAAGGAAGUGGGAAACAGCACGCUGCAGAAGAAGGUUCGUCUACUCGAGGGGAAGAGAACGUGAGAGGAAGCAACGUAAGCUCCAGGGGAAAAGACCCGUCCGAACUGCCUAAACCAGACGGUCUUCCUUCCGAAUUUCCAGCAAUCAAGCCAGGUCUGGCUGCAGAUGUGAAAUUCGGGGGGUGUGGUUCUUAUCCAAAUCUACCGUGGGUUUCAACAACCGGUUCAGGCCCAAACGGUAAAACAAUAUCUGGUGUCACUUACAGGUUCAGCGCAACCCAGAUCAAAAUUGUGUGCGCUUGUCACGGGUCCCACAUGUCCCCGGAAGAGUUUGUGAGGCAUGCCAGCGAAGAGCAAACGACCCAAGAUGUUGGCAGCGGUGUAACAUCGUUUCCAAACAGCAACUCUGCAGCCUCGGCUCAAAGCUGAAAAACAGCUGUAUAGUCUCAUAAACACGCCUAAAACAGAAGACCAAAGCUUUUCUGUUUCAAACCUCGGUAAUAUAUACAUAUAUUUACGCCUCGUGGGAUGAGCACAGAAUCUGCGAUUCGCGAAACUCUUCCAGUCCUCUGCUUGAAUUGGAUCCUUCUCCUCUAGCUAGCACUAAUUGCUGCCUUCUGGUAUGAUAACCAGUUGUAUGUAAUAAUUUGUAUCAUCUUUUUUUGCCAAAAUAGAUCCUGAAGCAUUUUGGUUGUCUAGCACCAAAUUCUCCUUUGUGUAUGUACAUGAUGCAAUAUAUUUGAUCUCAAUUUAGCAGCCUUGCAUGCUGCAUAUAAGAGUUCAAAGUUUUUAUCAU